UGCUAACUCGUGCGUGCGGGUAGACUGGUCAACUUAUACUGGAGAUGAUCCGGAAAUCAAAGGACAACGGGGGAAUGUUAGCAUUGGGCGGCGAAGAGAAUAUGCGAAAACUUGGUGCGACCGUUCUGAGCGAACCGGACUACGUUUUGCGAUUGCUGGCCAGUGUAAUUAUCCAGACUAUCGUUGCUUCACAUGUCGAUCCCGGGAUCUUUUGGCCUCCGAGCACGCCGCAGCCAGUCCUGGGCAUGUUUUCCUCAGGAGACCCGAUCGCCUCCCACUGGAUAGAGAAAUUCAAUGUCUUUGUAUCUAGUCAAGACACGCAGCAAAAGGCAGAGCCUCAAAGGAUGCAUACCCUCCAAACUAUCAAUAUUGGAGCAUUAGAUAUCGGCCACAGUAACUGCUUAAUCGGAGUAUUGGUAUCUAGUCUCCUCAGGGUUAUGAUAACUGAAGACAACCGUUUUCAGUUUAUGGAAAUUCGUGUAGGCCACAUUGACAAGCUUGUACUGCACGAGAGAACGGCAACGCUAGAUGUGUACCUCUGCGGCAAUGGUUUUUAUAUGACGAAUGGUCUGAUGGAAAAGGCAGACAAGGUUUCCAUGGUAUUUGAAAAUCAGAACCAAGGGAUCGAGGUUCGGGACGCCCUUGAACAACAGUGUCGGCUCGCCGAAGGAGCCAAUGGGGGAUUCAGGGCUAGCAACGGGUUCUCCAACCCUGCGAGAUCCCGCUCGCACGAAAAACAAGGCAGCUCACUUGAAUCAUUUUUGUGCAAGACGGGGGUUGUAAAGGAUUUAACCACUCUACCCCUCGAUUUUGGUAAAUCUACACCCCAGAAUCCGAGAAGAAAGGCAUCCUUCGCCGCCAUGGUGCUCUCCUUUGACGAGGAAGCUAUAAAUGGCUCCAGUGCCCAUCUCGAUUUGAGCGUGUCCUGCAACGUGAACGAAGGAGAUCAGGAUAAAUCACAUCCAGGAGGUGAGCAGUGGAUAAUUAAUAAUAAGGAUUGUUCUGGCACCGUAGGGAGCGAAUAUUGUGACUCGUACCCGCCUAGGGUUAGCGAGACACCAGAGCCUGGAAAUCCGCCUGAAAGUCGUUCGCCCAGACACGAACGAAUCCCAAGUCCCCGAAUAGCCCCCAACGCUGUAAUUCCGUCCAAAACGCAGGAUAAUAUAUCCUGCAAUGGCGAGGGUGUUGUUGAGCCGCAUAUUAGUCAGGGGCAGGGUGACUGCCAAAUUGGGCUGCCAAGCCUCGCCCGACAAGCACUUCAACUUCAACCUCAACCUCACGACUCUAGUUCAUUUGCAAAUGUUCUAGGACAGGAGGAUCAAGUUGUGGGAAACAGUCUGGAUUCGGGUGGUUUGGACGUUCAAGAGGCGCCUCUCGCUGCUAACAACCCUGCCACUGACUCUGAACAAUUAGCUGACAUCCUGGUCGAGGACUCCCCGCCAAAUGAUACAAACCCUGGCUCAUUCAAUAAUAAUCCGACGAAUAUGGGCCAGCAAAUCAAUGUUACGGUCAAACACCCAUCUGAAAAGCAGAAUGGAGAUAAGGUUCCCGAUCAGACUGCCAGCAGCUCGAAACUCAAACGACCCCAUAACCGGAUCAGCGAAUCCAGAGCUAACCAACUAACCAUUGACUGGGACCAGGACCUUCGUGUAGAGAAUGAUGUUGUAGGCCGACCAGCAAGCUCUUCUAAGAAACAGAAAAGAACGUCACCCCAACUCAAGGGUCCCACGAAAACCUCCAAACCAAAAAGCAUCUCACGAUCAUCGAAAAAGCAUAAGAAGCCGGAACAAACCCUUGUCUUGACCCCGCAUAUUGCUCCAACGUCAGCUAAAAGCAAGACAAAGAAAACGGGUCGUCAAGUUACAAAAACAUUGACAUCUGCUCGUCAGCGCCGAGCUGCGGCUGAAAAAGCAAACCAGAAGCUUGCGUUGGCCAACGAAUUUGAAAAUGCAGCAUACGACGUUGAUGAUCCUAUCGAAUCAAGUCCGCCAGAGGAGUCUAUAUUGGCUGCCAACCAGGGCAAUUGGACAGGGGGCACAGUUGUAAUCUCCCCUGUUGUAAUCUCUGAAGAUGCCCAGGUGCAGGAGGUACGCUCCAUCGAGGGUGUCGUCAACCCUAGCACAAGUCGUCCAGCCCCAGAAUUCUCUAAUCUAGUCACAUCUCCUGAAGUUCUUGGGCCUAACCAGGCCACAGCAAAUGAGGAGAAUAGACGACCUGUCUACCUCCCUGGAGAGGAAGAUGCCGAUCAAAAUCUGGAUUUGCAGGGAAGAAAUAUAGCUGCAAGUGGAUCUAGUCCCUCUGCUGGGUCAGUCGAAGUGCGCAAUUCCGAAGCCCCUUCCAAUAUGGACAACGCGCUCCAGAAAACGGCUGUUGAAUGCAGGGAGAACAGCUGGGGAAAGAGGCUUUCCGAUGCCUUGGCCAAAGCAGGCAUUCUAUCAUCAAACUCUUUGAUAGCAGUUAAUAAUGUUAACGGCACGGAUUGUCAAGCGCGAAAGGACGUAUCUGAAAUUUCCAAAAACGUUUCCCAGUUCAUCGCACGGCAGGCGGUUGUUAGUCAACGACCUUCCCUGGAUGAGCAUGACAAGCUAGACCACUCAAAGAUCCAGCUUGUGGAAAAUGCCGGAGCGCCUGUGAAAGUCGCCAGGCCAAACGAUGGAGCUUACCAGAGUGUACCAGAAGGAGAUCAGCAUAAAACACAGUCCACAGAGACAAAAAUACAGGGUCAACCGACAGCUACCACUGAAAUCCGCAGUAUUUUAAUGUCCGAGAGUAACGGUCCAAACAAUGUUGAAGGAAACAAGAGUGACGCUCUCCCAGAGACAGCAAUAGCCCUUAGAAAAGUACAGAUUGUCGGUUUCGACUCAAACGGGCCCAAAAACCAGUGCACCAUAUCUAGUGGCACAUCCGGCCGAAAUUUGACGAAAGCUGAUACCAGUACACAUGAGAAUCAUAAUAAUGAAGACGCCCGUCCUACCAAGGAUGGUUUAGAAAAUUGUUCAGACGAUAGAAUUGACGAAAUCGACGAGAUGGAUGAGGUGUCCCUGAUUCCAACGUCCGAAUGUCGUAGGUUGGAUAUUGGUAGUCAAAACGGCGGCUCCCACAUCCAUUCUAGCUCAGUUUGCGAAGUUACUGAAGUUGAGUUUCGAUCGCAACGCCGGGCUGUGCAGCCUAUCCCAAGCCAGAGCCAAAGGGUUGAUGAGAAUGGCAGCCCUCAGCCUAUCCGCAGAAAGUUCCGUGCAAAGGGACCCACAAGUAAUAUAUCACCUGACGCCGAACUUCCAAUUGAUAGUACUUCAGCGACAUCGCACCCAUCAGAGCUUUCGGUUUCUUUGUCAGGAGAGGAUGUUGCCGUUAACAAUCGUAUAUCGACAAGUUCCGAAUCUGAAAGCACCCACGUAGAUCUCAAACACCAGGGCCUUGCAACGAACGACGAGAGUCAUGAUAGUUCCAAUUCCGAAAACCCGCCCCAGCGCAGGGACGCACCUUUAAAGCAACAGGGUGAGAAUACAAGAAGUUUUGCAGCUCGCAAUCGAUCCAAUCUAAUGGACAAUUCAUUUUGGAGACGGAGCGCUCCGAGCGCAUUCGCUGGACGUCUCAGAGGACAGCGAAAGGAAAAACAAAACAAGCAAUCGCAGAGGAACAAAAAAGGACAUAAACACGUGCGGACGAUGAAAAAAACCUCCCGGAAGUCGAAUAUCAUGCCAUUUAUAGAAUCUAGUAGUGAACUCGAUCAUGAUAUCAAUAGCUCCGAGGCUGAGGUAUACGACGGGGAGAGUAGAUACUGGGACACAUCUGAGGUUUCUUCUGGCUCAAGUUCAAACCUCUCGUAUACCCUGGUGGAAGAGUAUAGAGAUGUGGAAUCUGAGUGGCAGAAUGCGUUGCGAGCGACCCAAAAGACCAGCCUAGACAUACUGCUAGAUACUAGUAGCCGGCUCAUUCGACACCUGUUAGAUGAGGAGCAAGCCAUCACCAAGGUCGUCGACACCUACAGACAAGGCGGGAGUCGAUUAGUAGAGCAACUGAAACAGCGAUACGAUGAGGAGCUUGAGGAGUGCGAAAACCGGCUGCUACCCAUCAAGGAAGAGCUGAUUGAGCGUUGCGAGAUGAUAAUGGCUCGUCUCAUCAGUGAUAGACAGAGCUUCUUAAAGCAACCGGCCAUGAAGGAUCUUUCUGCAGCGGUCCAUAAGCGAAAGAAGUUGCUAGGGCGAAUUGAUGUUGUGAUGAAAGAAUACGGGGCGGAUGAUUAG